GCUAGAGAGGAGGAGACACUGUGUUCAACUCUGUGGUUUCUACAGCACAUCCUUAAAGACAAGGAGUUUUCACAGGCUAAUAACUCCAUGUUCAGUCCCACAAAACCCCUCUUUCUCGGCUUUUCAGAUAUUAUUGUAGCCCUGUCCCCCUGCCCACCCCCGUCUCUCACUCUCUCUCUCUCUCAUGCCCGGGGUAGACACACACACACACACACACACACACAUCUGGAAGCACAAAUAUGGAAAACGUCCAUGUCAGCAAAGGCCGUAAGGCUGCUACUUGCAUGCAGCACAAAGCACACUUAAAAAACACAAGUACACAAUUUACAUGAAGCACAGAAAUGUAUGUAUGGUAUUGGUAUAAGUCAUCUGACUUGUGUCAUCUCUUCUCAUAACAAGAGUCAAUGGUUCACCUGUGUGACUGAUUAAAUAUUGUGUUGUGAAAGACCAUUAAUGGUUUGAGUGUGCAAUUACACCCCACCCCCUUCAAACAAACAGUGACACAUGUAACUAAAACACUUUCUCAGCAGCUCAACUUCAUCUAACGCAUACGUCCUGGCACACACCAAACCAGCCUACAUUAAACAAUCAGCUCUUGCACACUGAGGUGGGGCGGUGAUCCAAACUCCACAUGACUCAAAGGCCCCUUUGUAGGUAAAGUUCCUAUAAAUCCUGCUUCCAUUUCCAGUACCUUCCUCACAAUCUAUGCUUUUUCCUUCUACACUUCUGUCGAGCACUUUAUCCAGCCUUCCACCCAUCAUGAGAGCCACGUUCCGAGUUGCUUUCCUGCUAGCAUGCUGCGUUUGGGCCAUAAUCGCUCAGACUCAGAGUAGCAAUCAGGGUAACAGCAGUCACAGCAAUCCAGGUGAAAUAACUGGCAAUGAUCAAACUGGAAAGACCGAGCCAAUCCGCUUCAGCAACAAAGCCAAAGACAACUGUUCAAUGGUCGUUUCGAGCAAAGGGGACUUAACAAAGCUGCGCGUUUCCUGUAAAAACAAGGGCAAGUCAUAUUCGUGCGCUUACCAGGGCAAGCCAAAACUGUGCCGGACCUACAGCAACAACCCACGCCACUAUUUUACCCAAAUCAUGUGGGAGAUGCGCAAAUUACAGAAUUCCUGCCAGGGCCUCUGCACAUAUAAACCCCUUAUGUGCCGCUCUGCAACAGAUGAAGCACAGAUGGUAUUCUACUCAUCCUGGCCUAAAAUUCAGAACCAGCCUGGCAAGGCCCCUACAAAAGAAUGCUCCAACCCAGUUAAGAAUCCUGCUAAAACCACCACACAGAGCCCAAGAGAGACACCCAAGAGCUGGGCAGAGCGGCACUGUUGGGCAAUUGUACAGGACCUCUGUUCCUACAUCAUCGCCUUGAUCCAGUGAUAAAGAGCUUUGAUAUGCCGGUAAGAAACUGCCAUUGAUUUUGAUUUGCCAUUUGAUUUGCUUACAGAAGUAACAAUAAAUCUGAUGCUGCUAGUCUAAUAUGCCAGCAUUGCACAAUGCAUUUAAUGGAUCAAUUUAUUUAAUGAUCAGUGAAUUCACAUCUUUGAAUAUAGUAGUAUAAAAAGAGUUUGAGAUUAGAUAUGAUUAGAAAAAUCAAAUAAGUUAACGUGACUCAGUGUUUAGUCCUGUGUUUUAUAAAUUUAACACAAAGUGCACAGCA